UAUAUCGAGCCUGCAGAAGACCGGGUGCCUGUGCCACGUGCCCCUGUCAGCGUAGGAAGGGAAGGGGGCUCAAACAGCCCGUCCCACCCACUCGCUCCCCACGGAGGAGCGGCGACCUGCUGGAGGAGGGAGCGAAGGCUUCUGGUUGCAACCUCGGUUCUGGGACGGUGGACUCGGUGCAGAUCUCUGGACGGUGGGGUCCAGGCUGAUGGCUGAUGAUGUCAGGGACUAACAACGUUGCCCAGGCCCGGAAGCUGGUGGAGCAGCUGCGCAUUGAAGCUGGGAUCGAGCGCAUCAAGGUCUCCAAAGCCUCGUCAGAACUGAUGAAUUACUGCGAGCAGCAUGCCAGGAGCGACCCCUUGCUGGUCGGCGUGCCAGCCUCUGAGAACCCGUUCAAAGACAAAAAACCCUGCAUAAUUCUCUAGCGCGCUCUCUCUCUCUCUCUUUCUCUCUCUCUCUCUGUCCUUCCUGCCCUCCCACGUAUUGUCCAGUUUUUACUGUGAGAAAAAUAUCUGAGUUUCUCACACUUUGAUUUCUAAAGAAACAGAAACUAACUGAAGCAGGUCCUCCUGAAUAAGGUGGGCUUUGCGACCCCACCGUGGGCCUCUGCGCGCCCAGAUGUUACCGCCCCCACCCCCUCGUGUCAAGCACCGCGGGGAACCUGAGUGAUGGGACUGUGUUAUAAAACUCCCCUUAGCUGGCGCUGGGGAUAUGGCUCAGCGCGUGAGAUGCAUGUCUUACCAGCACGAGGACCUGAGUUCUGAUCCCACACACAAAGCCCAAGUGCAGGGGGGCAUGCCUGCGCCCCAGCCCUGGGGGACAGAAGGAAGGAUCCCUAGGGCACUGAACUCCAGUGAGGGACCCUGCCUCAGAACCAGAGGAAUAUAGCCAGCAUCCACAAGGCACCCUGUGCUGCCCGGUGUCCCUCCUGAGUGUGGUCCUGUCAUAUCCGCGGUGAUGUCCUUUCUCUGGGGACCCAGCCCCUUUCAGAAACAGACUUCUAGGCCCCCACACAGAGCGAGCCAUUGCUGGUAUGACUGAGUGGGUGAUUUGUUUUCUCCUAAGCCUGAGACCCAUGAGGUCACUGGCAGCUCCUUUACCAAGGCCCUGUGAGGGCAGAAACGCAGGGUUAAUUCUUUUGAAGUGAUUGAGAAAGAAUCACAGAGAUGGGGUCCUGCAUCCCACAUGGGGGUGGUGACUGUGACUCCGGAUCCCCCUCCCCUCUCCUUGGAUCAAAUCACUUUCCAACUGGCUGGAAUAGGAGACCCUCAGUGUGAGGACUGCUGACCAGCUCUGCAUUCUACCCUCACUGAAAGAUCCUAGGCAGGGCUCCACCCUGACCACGCCCCAGCCCCUCACUAGGGAUUUUAGGCGGGGCUCUGUCCUGACCACGCCCCCAGCCCUUCCCUAGGGAUUCAGGUCGGGGCUCUACCCUGACCACGCCUCUAGUGAAUCACUGGGGAUCCUAGGCGGGGCUCCGUCUUGACCACGCCCCCAGCCCCCUGACUGGGGGAAUUUUAGGCAAGAUCUUCACUUUCUAUUUUGUGAGAAUAGUCUGUCAUUCAGGCUGGCCCGGAACUGGAGCUCUUCCUGCCUCUGCCUCCAGAGUACUUGUAUCACUGGCCUCUGCUUCCUUGCCUGGCAUAGAGUUGGAUUCGAAGAGACCUGGCCUGUAUAGGUAGCAGUGACAGCGGCAGGUUGCAGGAGGAAAAGGCUUGGCUGUGCCAACCCUCCCUUGCAGGCAUCGUCAGCAUCAGGAUGGCCAUGGAUUUAGGAGUGUCCCGCGGUCUCAGGCCCUCGCGGGAAAACCAGUGCAGGCGCAGACAGCAGAAAUGAAGCCAGUCCAGUUCUGUCCUGUGGCCCUGGUGAAAAUCAGCUUCUAAGAACCUGAACCAGGCUGGUCCCUGGACAGUUGCCCUAAUUGCCCGUGGGGAAAGUAAAUGAGUCUAACUCAACCCACCUCACCUUCCAGCCCCUCCGGGCACAACCUACCUCCUAGGUAAGGUGGCACAGCCCCCAACUCAUUCUGAUGGGGCAAGGGAAAGACAUCCGUGGUGAGACUAAGGGGAGACAUUGCGGGUGCUAAAAGGGGACCCCGUCUCCCCUCCCUGGGCUGGCUCCCAGAGGACACAGACUGAAGGUCAGCCCCCUCCUGCGCAUCGACUCCUCAUUACUGGUCAAGGAAGAUAGAAGCUUUGGGAAGACCCUGACUCCCUAAACCUGUGUUGGGAUCAGAAAAGCCACUGUGUCUCCCCAAAACUAUAGCCAUCUUGCAUUAGGGUGUGAACCAGAGCCCCAGGAUGUAUGUACCCAGCCUCGCUGGCAAGGAGAGAGAAAAGUGGGAACACUCAGCUGGUGUGCCAGAACCUCGCUCGGGCUUCCAUCCCCAGCUUGCUGGAGCCAGGCAUGGGCACGCUGCAGAGGCAGAGGCAGGAGGGACCACUCAUUCUUUGCUAUAUAAUGGACUCGAGGCUAGCCUGGGCUACAUGAGACCAUGUCUCAAAGAGAGGAAAUUCAGCUCACUCGUCCAUUAUCCCCACACCCCAGCCUCCCUCAGACCUCAGGCGAGGCUGCUAGCAGCAGAUGCCACGGCCAGUCCAUGUGUGGUCACAGCGAGCUUUCCUUCCUCCACUCUGGGAAGAAAAGCUCAAAUUAUCAUCUAUGCCCGAAUAAACCUCCCACUGCAGGCCAAGGGCAAAGUGACCUCUCGCUUCCUGGGGAAAGGUGUACCUUGGGCCCCACAAUAGUCUCCAUGUCCCAUCUUAACCACCAGAGCCCUGCCUCAGCUUGGAGAAGCCUGGACACAAGGGAGCCAUCAGGAGCUGGGCUGUGGUGGCGCAGGCCUUUACCCCAGCACUCAGGAGGCAGAGGCAGGGGGAUCUCUGUGAGUUCGAGGCCAGCCUGGUCUACAGAGCGAGUUCCAGGUCACCUAGGGCUAUAGACACGGUCUAGGAAAAGGCAAUGACACAAACAGUGAGAUCUGCUUUAGCUUGAGCGACCAAGGAGGGACUUCCAACCCAAGCAGAAGCUGCCAAACCGUCCCUUGUCCUGAGCAGAAGCCAUAGGCACCGUCUCUGAGUGUCUGGGACACAAUGGCCAGACAGGACAUCACACAGCAUUUCCCGUUUCCUGCGCCCCACUCCAGACCCGGCUCCCACCCCACUUUCCACCUGCAUUGUGACAUUGGUUGGUUUUCAUUUCUGAUUUUACGAAACUCUGUUGUGCCACACACGUGGGCCACGGCAGUGUGAUUGCUGCGGAAUAAAAGCCCCGUCUUCUCUACCCU